AUGCCAUGUCCCCACCCCGCUGUCCCCAGCCCUGCACUGGCCCUGGCAGGCUGCUGUCCCCUGUCACCCGCAGGUGCCCAGACCACCCAGCUCCUCGUGGAGCCCCCCUGGACACCGCCAGUGCUUUGGGACCAGGUGACACUGACCUGCCAGGGCUCGGGGAGCACCCGUGACACCACCUGGUACAAGGUGUGGCGGCGCUGGUGGGAACAGGGACGUGACCGCCUCAUUGUCACCCAUAGUGGCACCUACGAGUGUGACAGACCUGGCAGUGGGCUCAGCCCCACCAUGAACGUCUCAAAUGACUGGCUGGUGCUGCAAGUGCCAGCGCAGGCGCUGCUGGAGGGGGACACGGUGACACUGCGCUGCCGGAGCUGGCGAGACACCCCGAUCACCUUGGUGUCCUUCUACCACGAGGAGGAGGAACUGGGGGUGUUCCCCAAUGGCACCCAGCUGUCCCUGUCCCCUCUGCAGCUGAACCACAGCGGCCGCUACAGCUGCAAGGGCCAGGUGGGAUCCUGGGGGUGGCAGGAGUCAGCGCUGGUGACAGUGACAGUGCAUGGUGAGCACUAUGCCAGGAAGCACCAGGAAAGGACCCCUCCAGACCCCCUGGCACCCCCGGUGGAGGAUCCUCAGGAGACGUACAUGAAGCUGCAAUGGCAGCCGUGGGAACCCAGCGACAUCUAUGACAAUCUACACCAGAAGUUGUGA